GCGUCUUCUUGGCUGACAUGGCACAUUCUCUGAGCAGACGGGUCCCCGGAGCCCGCCCGUGACCAUGGAGGCCAAAGCGCUCUGGCUGCUGGUGGUGGUCCUGGUGCUGGGGUCCUCCAGCUGGACAGUGGCGUACCAGGGCCUGUCGACGAACCUGUGCGAGGUGCAGCCCAAGGACAGGGUGGACUGUGGCUACCCCGAAAUCACCCCCGAGCAGUGCAACAAUCGGGGGUGCUGCUUCGACUCCAGCAUCCCUGGGGUGAUCUGGUGCUUCAAGCCUCUGCAGGACACAGAAUGCAGAUUCUGAAGCAACAACGUCCACUGGCCCUGGACACCCCGGGAUACAACCUUCUGCACUCAGGGCACCUGCCUGUGUCCUCUGCCAGCUGCCGCGUCCCCGCUCUUCUCCCACCUGCUCCCAGCAACCCCUGCCGCUAGCUAGCACCUGGGGCCUGAUGUCUUGACCAAUAAAGACCCCGUACUCAGCCGUUCCUCGUUCCUGAGACCUGAUGCUCUUGUGUUUUAUUUCUGCCAAGGGGCUCUCCUUUCUCGGCCUCUCCCAGACAGGGGUGGCGGGAGGGGGUGCGAGUGCCUCUGGCCCAGAGCCUCCCAGGCCCCCCCAACCGGAAAGAUGACCCCUAAGUAGCCGCAUGGUUUGCGUGAGGCUGUCACCGGCCUCAGACCGCGCCUGCCAUGGCGGGGGGCCCUGCAGCCUUCUCAGGGCCACCACCUUGGGCAAACUCAGACAAGACGUUUCAGAUGUAAGGUGCAGAAAAAAGAAGAUGAUUACCGUCUUCCUUCGUGGAGAGAGCAAACCAAUAAAAC